AUGGGGAACCGCGGGCGACGUCGGGGUAAAACUCAUGCUGUAAAUCGGACUGAUCUAACAGCAGCUGAACGCAUGAAGAAACAAAAAUCGAUGUCCCAGUUGGAAUCGGAUGAUUCCCCUAGCCUGCAGGCUUGCAGCCAGCCGGAAGUUCUCUCAAUCCGUUGGAAAAAGCCGCGAGGAGCUGUUGUGAUUCAGUACGCAGAUGGUAGUCGCUAUGAAGGCGGUGUAGAUGACGAGGAGAGACGACAUGGAACCGGUGUCCAUAUACUGAGAUCAGGGCAUGUUUCUGAAGGUGACUGGGUGCACGGAUACUUUGAAGGGUUUGGCAUGCAGACGUUUGCAAGGACAGGGGACUGCCACGAAGGCAUGUACCGUAGAAACUACCGCCAUGGCACAGGGACGUACUUGUGGGCAAAUGGGGACAAAUACGUGGGUAAUUGGCGAGCUGGAAAGAUGCACGGAAUUGGCACGUUCUUUUGGAAAAAUGGCGACUUUUAUGAUGGUGAAUGGAAAAAGGGAAUGAUGCAUGGCAAAGGAAAGAAGAUAUUUUCGUCCGGGGAAAUGAUCGAUGGGGCAUGGAAGCAAAAUCAAGUGAGCGGGUGGGGAAUCAAGGUGUUUAGCUACGGAGACAAGUACGAAGGCUUUUUUGUCAAAGGUGAACGUGAGGGGUUUGGUAAGUACGAAUGGGUGGGUGGAGACUCGCACGAAGGUACAUGGCAUCAGGGCAGGAUGCAUGGCAAAGGUGUGUACGUGUCGGCAGGUGGAUCUCUGCACGGUUCGUGGCUUCACGACGAACUUAGUGGCCAAGGCGUCCACUACUUCCAGUGUGGCAGUGUUUAUACUGGGGAGUAUAAAGCUGGUGAGCGAAGUGGUGUUGGUACACUGACAUUCGCCUCAGGAGAAGUCUAUGAAGGUGAAUGGCACAAGGAUGAGAUCCACGGUUACGGAUCGUGGUCGUCACCUGACGGAAGGAAGUUCAUUGGAACGUGGAAUCAUGGUUUUCCGUCUGGCCGUGGCAUUUUCUGCCAUGAGCAUGAUGAAGACGAAAGAGCAGAGGACGAAGGAGGCGGACAUUUCGCUGAAACGAGAUCUGUGUUUGAGGUAGGAGAGUUCAUACAUGGAAGACUUACCACCAGUGGUAAACAUAUUUUCAUCGGGCGACUCACAGCUCCAUCGUAG